AUGGCUUUAUCUACGAAAGACUUACCUUACGGCGCUGAAUAUGCUAAAAGUAACCGUGCUGCUUGCAAAGCAUGUAAUGGUUUAAUUUCACAGGGCUCACUUCGCAUGUCUUUUCGGAAACCGAGUCGCUUUUUUGAUGGGCUGCAGGAUAACUGGUUCCAUUUCAUUUGUUUCUGGAAGAAAAUAAAGCAAAAUGACAUAAACGAAGCCUCUAUUCGUGGUAUAGAACUUCUGAAAUGGAAUGAUCAAGAACGAAUCCGUAAAAAAUUAGAUGAAAAUCAAGCUGAAGUAUCUUGUAGAGAAGAGCUCACUCUUGUCUCUGAAUAUGCUGUAACUGGUCGCAGCAAAUGCGUAAAUUGCAAAGAAAAUAUCAAAAAGAAUACCCUCAGACUUGGAAUGAAGUCGGCAUGGUACCAUGUAAAUUGUUUUGAGAAAAUGCAACAAUAUACCGGAUGUGCUGAAAAAAUUGUUGGAUUCCGAGAUUUGUCGGAAUCUGAUCAAGAUCUUUUGAAAGCAGCAUUUAAUAAGCAAACACAGAGCAGCAAAAAGAGAAAGUCGACGAAAGUUAACGGCAACAUGGCCAAAAAAGUAAAAGUGAAUCAAUAUGAUGCAGAGGAAAAGAUGAAACGUCUUAAGGAACAAACGAACGAAAUGUGGGCAAUGAGAGAAAAAUUAUCAAAAUGUCUGGAUAAAAGCGAUAUUCAGAUUUUGCUGCAUGCCAAUAAUCAGGCACUUCCUAAACAUGGUGGAGAGUCGAAGCUGCUGGACCGUCUUGUUGACUGUAUGAUUUUUGGCUCCCCGCUCCCUUGUGAGCAGUGCAAAGGAGGUAGCAUUGUUUACAGCUCAUCAGAACGAAGUUAUGUUUGCACUGGUUGUAUUUCCGAAUAUACACGAUGUAUGUAUACAUGUCGCAACCCACCUCGGAAACCAUUUUUUAUUCCUGAUGAAAUAAGAACAAGAAUUUCUGAAUUUAAGAAUUUCAGAAUCAAGGAUCCAAAGGACAGAGAAUAUGGUGUUUUAGAACAUGAACUAAUUAAACGAGAGUCGCUAAAAGUUAUGAGGCACUGUGUUGAUCAUACAAGUGGAAAGUCUAUGAAACGCGAAAGUGUUAGCUCGAAAGGUGCUCACUUGAAAACGCAACAGAUUAUAAAAAACGGAACAGUGGUUGAUGCCGAAUGCCCGUUUCAAGAAGUUGUACAUGUAUGGAAAGAUGAAAAUGGAAAACUUUGGGAAACAACGCUGGGAAAAGCAGAUUUUCAAACUGGAACGAAUUCAUUCUAUAAAUUGCAACUAUUAAAGCACGAUGUCAAGCAAAACUAUUAUUUGUUUCGUUCAUGGGGACGCGUCGGCACGGAUAUUGGUGGCACAAAAACAGAAAAAUAUCGUGAGGAUUUGGAAGGAGCGAAAAUAACUUUUAAAAAAUUGUUCAAUGAGAAGACGGCAAAUAAUUGGGAAGAUGUUGAGAAUUUCAAGAAAAUUCCGGGAAAGAUGUCGCUUAUUGAGACUCAUUAUGAAAAUUCAAAGGAACUGCAAACAUUCCUUGUGAAACCCGGAUCGCUAUCAAGGCUUCCAGAACCGAUACAGCAAAUUAUUCAAAUGAUUUUUGACGUUAAUGCAAUGGACGAUGCUCUCGAAAGCCUUGAGAUCGAUACAGAUAAAAUGCCUCUCGGAAUCCUAUCAAUUCGUCAUAUAAAAAAUGCAUACGAGAUUUUAACGGAACUGCAAAAAUUAAUGGAAGUUGGUAAUGCCAAAUAUGAAGAUUAUCUGGAUGCAACAAAUCGAUUUUUCACACUUAUUCCCCAUAACUUUGGUAUGAACAAACCGCCGCUUCUCAAUUCGCAGAAACUUUUAAUUGACAAGACGAAACUGCUUGAUGAUCUUCUGGAGCUUGAGGUUACAUAUAGCAUUUUGAGAACUGACAAUGAAGUAGAUCGAAUGCGAGAUCCUGUUGAUGUACACUACGAAAAGUUGCAUGCUCAAUUAGAGGUACUAGAUAAGCAGUCGGACGAGUACAAACGCAUAUUGCAGUAUGCUGAGAAUACACAUGCACCCACACACGACCAGUACAAACUUGAAAUUGUUGAUAUUAUUCGGGUAAAACGUGAGGGUGAAAAUGAAAGGUUCAAAAAAAAUAUUCCAAAUCAUUAUUUACUUUGGCAUGGUUCGCGGAUAACAAAUUAUGCAGGUAUUUUAUCACAGGGAUUACGAGUUGCACCGCCAGAGGCACCCAUGACUGGUUAUAUGUUUGGGAAAGGGAUAUACUUCGCAGAUUUGGUGUCAAAAUCAGCAAACUAUUGUUAUGCACUUAAUACAGAGGGAUUCAUUUUGCUAUGUGAAGUGGCACUUGGUGAAAUACAAGAGGAAGUCAAUGCAAAGUCAAUCGCAAAACCUAAUAAAGGAAAACAUAGUGUUAAAGGCUUAGGACAAACGAUUCCUGAUCCAAGUGAGUACUUUGUGACAGAAGACGGCGUUACAAUUCCUAUGGGCAAACCUAUAGAUACAAACAGACAGGAUCUCACGCUUUUGUACAAUGAGUAUAUUGUUUACGAUGUUGCUCAGGUGGAGAUCAAAUAUUUGGUACGAGCUAAGUUCAUAUCAUCUCUCUUCUGA